GACCCCUGGCUUACUUCCAGUCCGCACGCCUCCCAGGCCUGAGCAGCCAUUCUGUUCAAGGUCGUCGUGGCAUCCAUCUGCAUUCCUUUGAUUCACAAUGCUGGACAUCGUCUGUCUGCUUGCCUAUCCGAACUCCAAAAGCUUAUCAAUAAGUAUCAUGAGCACCAGAACAAGAAAUUCCUGCAAGAGAUCUCGUCGAUGUAGCAAAGAUUGACUUGGCACCAUGCCACAUGCGGUGGAUUACUUGCUGCUCCAAAGGCGCUUACGUCACGAACAAGCCCCGCUUAAAAGCAACCCAUACAUGCUCCGUUCGAGUCUCUGCUACUACCGGCUGUUCUAUGUCAACCGAUAGAAUCGUCAUCCACAGCUAAUAUGAGCGACCACGAUCCAAAAACAGAGGAGAAGAAGGCCCGUCCAAAGUGGCGCCCUUCUUCACUACCAAAUUUUUUAUGCUUCAAUGACGCAUGGUUGCCCUCGAGCAAUCGGUACCCUAGAAGUAUCUUCGCAGAUGGAGCCGAGAAAUUGCGCGAAGCAUAUUUUGGUACACUCAAGCAGCGUAUAGAUUGGGUCUGGCACGCUGAUCCGAGUCAUGGAAGAGAGGUGCUACAUAAGAAGCACCUCUCCUCCGCAAAGUAUCCUCCAACACUUCUGUACUACGACCCUCGGAAGCAAAGCGAAAUAGAGCGACCACACUGUAAACAAGCCGAGGAGAUAGGCUUGAUCCACGCAUCGCGCGCAUAUACUACUCAAGCCAGCGCGGCGAACACCAGACAUGUCUGCCCUCGAGACCCGCGCACCCUGGUACCCGAUGCUCUUCGACGAAGUGCCCAAGAAACCGACCAUAGAAGCGAAUCCCGCCGAGGGUCUACCUCCAGCUCCGGCGAUGACGACGAUGUCACGGAUCUCUUCCUACCGCCAUCAGCCUUGACGCCGGAGGCCGCGGUCAUCAGCGCAUUUAGCAAAUACGCAAACGCUUUGCUUGUAGCUGCCGGCAUCGUACUCAGCCUUCUCGCACUACUCAUCGCUGCAGCACGAGCAAUCCUGCCUCCAGCUAAAGCUCCGGCGAAACAAGCCGAGAGGCCUCGACUGACGAGGACAACGAGCCCUGCUAAAGCCGCACCUGCACCCACAGAGCCUAAGUCCGCAUCUCGAAGCGAAACUGCAAGUCCAACAAGACGCUCGAGGCCAUCAUGGACAACGAUAAAUGGGCAUGCCUCGAUGCGCUAUUCGGCCUCGUCGGCAUCGAGCUAUCAGCCGCGUCAGAAGCUGCCUGCAGUCUUGGAGCGCAACGAAGCAGAACAGAUGCUACAAGAAGCAGGCAUUCAGCACCCCCUUCAGACAUCGUCCGGCGCCAUGUAUGCUAGCACGAGCAAACCCGUUCUGUCACCGUUAUUGCUGCCUACGACAUCCGAGGCACCAGUGUCUGCCAAACGCUGGGGCAAGAAGCGCGCAACUUCGACUGCCUCGCUCGAGCUCGGUGCUUCGCCCUCGCGGUCAUCGUCCGAGAACAGCAGCGAAACGUCAUCGCUGAAUGAAACGACCAAGAAGGCGUGCUCUCUUAGUCGCAUGUUCAAAAAGCGCAGUAAAGCUGCCAAAGCGCCGGAACGUCCUUCGAUGGUCCGGCGACUCAGCUUUUGCCAGCGCUGUCGCAACUUGCACAAGAGCAGCUCUGCCUGCAACCUAGCCGAGCUCGUAUCGGCAAAGCUUUCUCGUCGAGACUCAAUGUCCUCCAGCUCGACUGCAGCAAGCAGCUAUAAGGCGAAUAGAAAAGUCGCAUUCGAGGUAGAGGAAGACUGGGAUACAGAUGCAACGAGUUUCGAAGACGAGCUGACGCCAAUGUCAAAGACUACUCAAUGA